CGCAUUUGAAAUUACCAAAGGCCUCGAUGGUUGCGUCAGGUCGUAUAUCAUGGGCGCGAAGUCAACAGUAAGGGAUGCGGUAUAUGGGUACAAGAAUGGCUUUCUCUUGCCCAUCAUUCCACAUUCCAAAACAGUGCCAUAUAUCCUGCAUUUACGGCCCGUGUCAGCUCUUUUGCCAAUACGGAGCGAAUUGAAAUACUGCAUGUUCAGCUUCGUCCGUAUCCGGCGGAACGCGCCUUCACAACUCCAUUGACCGAGAUUAUUGUCGCUACGCUCAAACCAACCGCUAAAGACGAUGAAUUUGAUUCUAUAAUGCGGGAAGCACCAUCAGGGGCGUCAUAUGGUUAUAUAAUGGAAGGUAAAGCUCUUCGCCUAUACAUUCUAGUAACAGGAUGGCAGUCAGUCGGGGCGCUUCAGGAUUCUGCAGCUCGCGCAAAUGUUUUAACCAGGCUAGGCGAGAUCGCUGAGCUCGACAACAAAUUGUACAAUCUGACGGAAUAAAGGAAUUUGACUAUAGAGUCUAAUUUGAGUUGGUGCCAUCGCAGACGUCCGCCGUUAUCUUUGGAUUCCGAACGAAUUUCAGCAGAUCUGAAUUCCAUCGCGGAGCGACAAACAGCCGAUAUCUGAAGUAAUGCUCUGCUUAUAAAAUUUAAGAAUGACCAGAUAACUUUGUUCACUUGCAAAACAUUGUUGCGCUCACCGAGGCGGGACCGGGCGGCUCCCCCAAGUACUGGUUCAAGGGGAAUCGAGUGAUAGAAGGCUCACUUAAUUCGACAUCAAAUUAAAAAGAAAGGAACUCAGAUAAGAAGCUCAUGGCCGCCGCAGUAAGCUUCGGAUUGAUUUGAUGUGCCACAACUGUUUGAGGAGGAUAAUAGUGGUUCCAGAACUUAUGUCAGACUCUACUAUCAACGUAACUUAAUCAAUUGUAUGCCGUACACAUUGGUCCACUCGUCGCCGUGUAAUUUUCCGCGGAUAUCUCAGCGCUCAUAGUCGUUGGGGAGGGAGAAUAUAAAAGAUGAAGCUUCCUUCAGACAUGAAUGUUAGAGUACUAUCGGUGGUUCUUCUGGAACCUUUGCUAGCUCCAUAAUAGGCCCCGCAACGACGAUUCUGCCCCAGUGGUCAUUCAACUCCAGUCUUGCGGAAAUGCUCACCGUGUUGGACAUUGCUGCUACAAGCCUUGCAGUUAUUUUUAUUUCCGGGGCUAUCUGGAAGAGACGCGCUGCGUUCGCUCGUCUACCCCCAAGUCCUCCCGCGGACUUUCUGAUAGGUCAUGCAAGACGGCUUCCGGUCAAUACGGGUUGGGAGUUAUAUGCAAAGUGGAAGAAAAUAUAUGGCGACGUCAUCUAUACUUAUGCAUUCGGACAGUCAAUCGUUAUUCUUAACUCUUUCGUCGCUGCGCGAGACAUGUUAGAACAGAAAAGCUGGUCUUUCUCCGACAGGCCAAAUGCGCCAGUAUUUUAUCUGAUGGGGUGGGAGCUCAGUCUUCCUAUACUUCGUUAUGGUCCGCGUUUCCGCAAGCAGCGCCGCAUGAUCCAACAAUAUUUUGGUUCUCAAGCAGUUUCUUCAUUCAAGCCAAUGCAGGAGCGAGAAACGCACAAAUUUCUUCAUCACUUAGCGACGACACCGGAUGAUUUCUUAAAUCACAUGCAUACCUUUGUUGCUAGUGUCGCGGUCUCAGCCGCUUACGGCCAUGAAGUUGAAUCCUGUAAUGACGAAUAUCUCGAUCUCGUAGAGCACACCAUACGCUUAACUGCAAGUCUCUCCAACGUAGGGACGUCGUUGAUUGAUGUUUUUCCUUCUCUUCGUCACGUACCGGAUUGGCUUCCUGGAAUGGACAUGAAAAAAACUGCGCUAGGAAUACGUGAAUUCGUCAACAAAACAAUGAUUAUACCUUUGGACGAACUCAAAGCAAAGAGGGCUUCUGGAAUAUCUCCGACAUGCUUCGUAUCAGGCUUAUUGGACAGUUAUGAGAAGAUUGGCGCCGUUGAUCAUGAUUAUGAGGAAGAUAUCAAAAACAUUGGUGCGGUCGUCUACAAUGCUGGAUCAGACACUACUAAGUCGGUUCUCGCGUCUUUCUUCUUGAUGAUGGCACUUCACCCCGAAGUAGCAAAGAAGGCACAGGAAGAAAUCGAGAAUGUUAUUGGCAGAGAUCGUCUACCAGCCUUUGAUGACAGGAAACAACUGCCGUUCAUAGACUGUAUUUUGAAAGAGUUGUAUCGCAUCCACCCGCCAUUACCACUGGGUGUUCCACAUGCGUCGACACGAACUGAGCAAUACAAUGGGUGGAGUAUUCCACAAGGAGCAAUCAUAAUUCCUAAUAUAUGGCAGAUGAUGAGAGACGAGGUUUCGUUCGCGAACCCGGAAGAAUUCAGACCAGAACGAUACCUAGAUGAAAAGAUGACUGGAUGGGCCUCAUGUGGCGACCCUAGCAACAUCGUAUUCGGUUUUGGACGAAGAGUAUGUCCUGGAAAGUACUUCGCGGACUCGACACUAUGGUUCGCCAUGGCAAAUGUACUGGCCUUGUUUGAUAUAUGUCCCUGUACGAACGCCGAAACUGGCGACGUUGAACUGCCAAAACGCGAAUUCGAGACUAGCGUAUUGAUGAUACAACCCAAGCCCUUCAAGUGCAAGAUAACUCUGCGAAAUGGAAUAAAUGCUGUUGGUCUACUUGACGAGGUGUUUGCGGCAUGAGGUGAUUCAGAAGACAGAAGGCCUAUUGUCACGCUUCGAUAGCAAACCUAAAUCAAGAUUAUUUAUUCUGACUGUAAUUGGGAUAUCGAAUGCUCUAAACGUU